GAGACCUGUGCCGAGACUAGUCAGUCAGUUAAAUUGAAAUGAAAAUAUUUCGUGCCGUCAACUUUCAAAACAAAACAAAUAAAUCCUAACCUCUGAUCCUCGAGGAGGUGGAAUAAUAAUUGAGUUGGGUUUUGCUUCCCACAUAUCUUCGAAAUGUCUGAAGUCAUAGCAAAAACGUUGAGUGAAAAGCAACAACGACAGUCUCUAUCGGGUCCGAAAAAAGGAACAAAUAAAACGGUCCGCAACGUCUUGGCUAAACCUUAUGUUGGAUUUUGGCCCUUGGUUGAUUCUCAAUCAGAAUCAGAGAUGAUUGGUGUUUUAGAAUCAUUUCUUCCUGCUGCCUGUAAAGUAGUGUCCGCAGAUGACCGUAAACUUUUACGAGGUAUGCAGGGUAAAAAAAUGAAAGAGUCGAGAGAUAAGCUAACUCAAGAGAUUUGGAAAAGAAAUCCAGGUUCACGAGAGCUAAGAAACUAUUUGGCCUUAGGAGUAAACGAUGUAUCUCGUGGUUUGGAAGAAAAUACACUGGCAUCUAUACUAAUUUCUAAUGAAGCAGACCCACCAAUUCUUACCAGGCAUCUUGUAACUCUUGCUGCUACUAGAAAUGUACCUCACCUUGUGCUUCAAAAUUUGAAGGCAACCACAAAAAAAUGCUUGGAUUUUUCAACACUUGCCUUAGGUUUCAAGAAAACUGUUGCUGAUGAAGUAAAGAAUCAUUUUCAUCCUGCUCAUCUGAAAAUAGAAUCAGCUUUCAGGAUGCUUGCAAGGUCUUCAAUAGUUGAUGCAGUGCCUGAUAACUGCAAUUUUGUUCAGGAGAAAAAUCCAUCCAAAACCAAGCAAAGCACUCCAGCGAAAAAGCCCUAUGAAAUUUACCUCACUCGCAGCUCUAAAAAGUAUCGUGCUUUUAUUCCAGAAAAGGGCUUACAAAAAGAAAGUAAUAGUGCAUGGUCACCAUAUAUUUCCCUUUCCACCCAUUCUGAAAGUGCCCCAGUGGGUAGGGUUACUAAAGAAAUUUUGGGCUCUACAACUCUUAGUGAAACACGCUCUUUUCUUCAAAAGGUUAGAUGUGCUAAAGAACAAAGUGCUCAGGCAAUGGACUGUGGCUCCUAUGUAUCUUUAGAUCCUGAAAUUGCAGUUAAAGGAGAGGAAGCUGAUGUAAAAGUUUUAGAACCAGUGUCACAAGGUAAAACUGUUAAAAGGUAUUUUACUUCUCUUGCCCCACUGAAAAUAAAGCGGAUCCAGGGAAAUCCCAUGAAACCGAAAAAGAAACAGAAAGGGAAGUAAGAUAAUUUGCAAGUCACUGCUAUAUCCAUCAUGUUAUGUUUUCUUGAAAGCUUUUAAGGCUGUUUGGUAUGCUCUUUGUCUCACUUGUAAAUGAGGCCACAUAUGAAAGAAGAAAGUAGUCAGCAACCUUGGAAUAGAAACCCAUUAAUGGUGACUGUAAAAUACAGCAAUGCUAUGGAUCAAUCAAACUGUAAUAGUGAGAAUAUAAGAAUUGUAAAAGAUACCAGA